UAAAAGUAGCAAAGGCUUGUAAAACUGUAUUCAAAUCAUCAUAUAUUGUUACUAAUACCUAUAACGAUUACAUUCUUUUGAGAAAGGAUCUUGAACAAGCUGCUAUAAUAUUAUUAAAGGUUUUUGGAUCCAUAUUUUCUAAUUUGCUGAAUCUUCAUAUUCUUUGCUAUCUACCUGACAUUGCAACUAAUUUCAGAACAUUAGUGAAUGUCUCAGUAUCUUUAAAAGAGGCGCGUGAUAAUACUCUUCAAACUUUAAGAUACUUGUUGGAUAGUAGAUUAGAUGUGAGAUAUAAUAAAGUUAAUUUAUUUAUUAAAUUCAUACGUGAUACAAUAUUACAUAAAUUAUUGGAUAGUUGGUAUAUUGGAGUACCUUCGAUGCAAGCUAAUAUUAAGAAUGAAAAUAUUAUUAAAGAUAACUCAAUAAGUAUCUGA